AUGGCUAAAUCCAGGAUUAGGAAUAUCAGGAUAGGCCAAAAGAGUAGGGCUGUUUACCACUGUCGCCUGAGGAGGCUGAUGAGUGUUACUAUAGGGCAGAAGAUAUACAGUGAAGCUCAUGAUGUGAAGGAGGAACGCAAAUCCAAUUCCUAUUUGAUACUGGAUAUUGCUGAAAGCUACAUUUAUAUCGAGGGAAAAUUCAUCCCGAACGAUUUAGCAAAAACCUGCCAUCUGUCCAAUAAUGCGCUCGCAUUUCUGUUCGAUGAAAUCCGUUAUGAAAUGGGUGGCGAACAGGUGUGUUUGAUUCGAAAACCGGGCAUUACCACUACAAUGAAAAGUAUGAUAUCUUAUGGUGAGACAAGCACCAAAUUUUUAGACACGGUUGGAUGGGGUCUCGAUGAAAAUAAACAGGUGAUUCUAGAUACACCCAGUCAUACAUUCAGCGGAAAACUACCGCUUAAAUUUUUAAUGGGGUUUGCAGAGGACUAUAAUAAAGGAAUUCUGAAUAUAAAGCAGGAGCUUAUACUCAUCAUAGCACGCUCAUUCAAAAACUCCUAUAUGGGGGAAGUUGAUGCGAAUGUGACGAUCAACAAAAUCGAAUGGAAGAUAAGGCAUGUGAUGCCGUCCGAUAGGCAGAAAUUGAAGUUGUUGAAUCGAUUGAAUAAAAGUUCUACAGCAAAAAUCAAGUUAGCAUACAGGAUGUGGGAUUUGUAUGAGUUACCGGCCAUUCGUGAAACAGCUUCAGAUAUUUGGGCUAUCAAAACAACUAGUAGCCUCGAGCGCCCGAGAUACAUCAUUAUCGGUUUUCAAAGCUCCGAUAAUACAGAUGAUAGAUCCAAGGACGCUACGAAAUUCAUUCACGCAGGAGUGAAUAAUAUUCGCCUUUAUUUGAAUUCAGAAGUUUACCCAUAUGAGCGCUGGAAUUUGGAUUUUGACAGAAAGUUAGAUGCUGUGGCUUACUAUGCAUACGAAAAUUUCCAACGUAGUUACUAUGGCAAAGAUAUGGGUGAACCAAUGAUGAGUAUUGAGGAGUUCCGAAAAAAUCCGUUAUUCAUCAUCGACUGCUACCACCAACCCGAUGCGAUGAAAACUUCUACUGUCGACAUCAAAUUGGAGUUUGAAACCCGCGAAACGAAGUUUCCACCAAACACAAAGUUGGUAGCGGCGGUAUGGAUUCAGGCAUUUAUUUGUCAGUACCUACCACUAUUUCCACAAGAAAUGAAAACUGCUACUAAAGAAUCAAACUAG